AUGGCUCCGAGUGCAGACUUAACAGCACAGUCCCCGCUGGCGCGCAUGCCCAAGCUGAAGUACAGAAACCCGCUGCCGGCCGACAGCCUUUCGAUUGCCUCCGAUACUUCCCAAGACAGUGGGCCCCACUCUGCAUAUAGUCAAGAGCCUCCCGCGACCCCGGAUUCAAACGCUCCUUCGAACAUCUCCCGUCCUUCCUUCGAAACUACCUCCGUGACGUCAUCCAGUCUGGCUUCCAUAUCCUCCAGCAACUCUUCGUCAAAUGGCUCCAAGUCAUCGAAGAAGAAGAAAAAGGGCAGCUCCGUGCUCGGCUUCCUUUCUCUAAAGGAGCCGUCUCAAGUUGCUUUGGAGCAAUUCGCCGAACAACAGCGCAAGCAGAACGCCAACUCGGGAACAUCCACACCCCAGUCCAGAGCCAGCAGCAACUAUGUUGGCCAGAAGCUCCCGCCAUCUGUACCCAAGGUCAAUUCGAAAUGGGACGGUGUCCCCGAGUCCGUCAAAAACCGCUACUCGACAUCAAGCGCAUCAACCAAGGACAAUAGAAGCAGCGUUUCGUCCAAGGGCUCCUUCGGCUCGCCUCUCAAACAUGCUCCCUGGAACGAAUCCAGAUUUUCGGUCAUGACCGACGGGACUCGUAAUCCACCAAACUCAGUCGCCUCCAUGUCCUUGUCGAAUCUUGCCAUGCGAGACGAAGCUUCUGGACUCGGAUCCUCGCCAUCUACCACCACGCUCCCUGAGAUGUCUUACUACUUCCCUGACGACCCCGCUGCAUCUGGCGCGUUACCCCCAAGAUCUGAGAGCGCAGGCGCAACGUACGAUUAUACCUCACAACUGCCAGUUCGACUGUCAGACUCAACUUCAAGUGACCGUCCAAGCAUGGACGGAUCGGUAGACUCCAGACCGCAUUCACCUGCUUCUUCAACGACAUCGACGGAUACAGUUGUCAUGGAUACUGCAGAUACCAUCUUCAGAAAACUCAACGACCGACCCAGCCAAGGUGCAUGGGGAAGCGGUGCACAUGCCGUUCAGUCACCUACUGAGGACAAUUCUGAUCAUGUGCCUGACUCACAUGACUUUCUCUUCCAACCCCAGCCUGUCAUCGAACGCCGACAAAGUGACCCGCCCACUAUAUACGAGUCGUCCCUGGCUGCAUCGUCAAUCCCUCAUUAUGCCCCUCAACGACCAGUUCAGAAUUUCAGUCGGCCGAUGGCAACUAGGGGCCCACGACCAGUUCAACGCUCUACACACAUGCCACACUAUAGGAGGACGCCAUCAGCCCCAGCGCUGCCGACCUUGUACGAAGCUUCACUGGCUAGCACCGACGAUCUUCGACAAGAUCGCGACGAUGAAGAUGACGAUGAUUCAUAUUCGAUUGCACCUUCUACCAUUGCACCAUCUGAGCUCUCCAAGCAUUGGUAUGAGUCUCCACGUGAACGCCUAGGUCUGGGCAGACGCCUUCAGAUAAAUGAUGUCUCACCUUGGGGGGAAGAGAGAGAGGCCGCAGGUAAGCCCAAGAAAAGUCGAUUGUCGAUGUUUGGGAAGGCUGUGUCCAGAGGAUAGGCUUUGCGGGCAAAGCUUGCGCAUUGACUGACUCCCAGUGGGUAGCUUCGUGCGAUCCCCAGCGAUCAUCGACCAGUGCCACACCGACACUCGCGUCCUGAUACGCCAACUUAUGUACAAACUUUUGCGAUUAGCGAUAUCCAGCAUUUUCCUCGCUUCGGCGACCUUCAUGUACGGCGGCAUUUCUGGACGCCAGUUUCUUCAACAUAGAUACCCAUUUCACGAAUCUUACAUACCCGCUUCUUAAUAGAUACGUCAAUCCACAUGGCCCUCUAGGUAAUGUAGUGCUUAGUUUGUUUUCUUGUAGGGCUGAUCCUCAUUAUGAUCGCAUUCCGAUCGGGGUGUCAAGGAGCUGCGCGGAUCGCGCGUCCAUUGGAAGCUUGGACAUCAGGGACUUCUCACAUCACAUCAUGGGGCGUACUAUAAUGCAACGUUUUGCGUCCAUCAC